UGUGAUUAGUUCUCUCGGCUGAUAAGUUCCGCAAUUAGGAUUAUUGGCAUCGACUCCCCUUCCAGACCAGCGACGUACGCUUUCAGGAAGUGAGGUGAGAGAAAAUCUAACCCACCAAAACAUGGAUGAAGAAGAGCACGAGGUCUACGGAGGAGACAUCCCCGUCGAAGGAGAUUUAGAGGGAGACUUGGAUGCUCACAAUCCCGACGUCGACAUGUCCGCCGCCGACGAUGACGCCGUCAAGGAGCUUGAUGAAAUGAAGAAGAGGUUGAAGGAGAUGGAGGAAGAAGCUGCUGCUCUCCGUGAGAUGCAGGCUAAAGUUGAGAAGGAAAUGGGUGCAGUUCAAGAUCCCGCUACUGCUGCUGAAUUGGCUAACAAGGAAGAGGUGGAUUCACGGUCUGUUUUUGUUGGAAAUGUUGAUUAUGCAUGCACCCCCGAAGAAGUUCAGCAACAUUUUCAAGGUUGUGGGACAGUGAAUAGAGUGACCAUUCUAACUGACAAGUUUGGUCAGCCAAAGGGUUUUGCAUAUGUGGAAUUUGUUGAACAGGACGGUGUUCAACAGGCGCUUCAGUUGAGUGAAUCUGAAUUGCAUGGCCGUCAAUUGAAGGUGCUGCCCAAGAGAACAAAUGUGCCGGGCAUGAAACAAUUUAGGGGAAGACGUGGUGGUGGAGGUUUUAUGCCCUUCCGCUCCCGCAGACCGUUUCCUCCACCUUACUUCUUUAACCCAUAUGGUGGCUAUGGGAAGGCUCCUAGAUUCAGAAGGCCAACCCGCUACAUGCCAUAUUACUAGAAGGAACUCUACCCGAAUGAUAGGAUUCAUUGUGUGCACUAUAAUAGAUGUUGCCACUGUCGUCUUCUGGUUGAUAAAUGACGUUCAGUUACUGUUGUUUUCAUGUAGUUUCAGAUGUAUGACAUAUUUUCGAAUUUCAUACUCGUAUUAGACCUUUUUUUUUUUUUUUGACGGGGUAUUAGACUUAUUUACUUUCUUUCCAGUUAUGGUUCUGUCCUGUUAAGGCUGCCUUCCUUUUGA